AUGCUAAGAUCAUCUAUGAAAUCGUCAUCAUUUCCCAGAGUAUUAAGAAGGUUAGCCUCAACCAAAAGUAGCAAAGUUAUUGGUAUCGACUUGGGCACUACAAAUAGUGCUGUAGCAUAUAUUAGAGAUGUAAAAGAUAAAAAAUCGGCAACAAUCAUCGAGAAUGACCAAGGGCAGAGAACAACACCAUCAAUCGUAUCAUAUACCGUUAACCCUACCUCGAAUAAGAUAGAGAAAGUUUUGGUUGGGUUACAAGCCAAGAGACAACAAAUGAUUAAUCCCGAGAAUACAUUUUUUGCCACAAAGAGACUAAUUGGUCGUUCCUUCAACGAUGAAGAGGUCCAAAGGGAUAUGAAGAGAGUACCUUUUAAAAUAAUGAAAGGGAGCACAAAUGGUGAUGAUGUAUCUCUUAAGAUAAGUAAUGGAGAAUCAAAAUCACCUAAAGAUAUUGGUGCGGCCAUUUUGACCUAUUUGAAGACUACUGCUGAUAGUUACCUUAACGAGCACAUAGAUAAAGCUGUAAUCACAGUUCCGGCAUACUUCAAUGAUUCACAGAGACAAGCCACUAAGGAAGCUGGGAAAUUGGCAGGUUUAAAUGUAUUGAGAGUAGUUAAUGAACCAACGGCUGCUGCACUAAGUUUUGGUUUAGAUGAUAAAAUGAAGAAUGGAGAAAGAAAGAACGGAUUACUUGCUGUUUAUGAUCUUGGUGGUGGUACAUUUGAUAUUUCAAUCCUUGAUAUCGAGGAUGGUGUAUUUGAAGUCAGAUCUACUAAUGGUGAUACACAUCUUGGCGGUGAAGAUUUUGAUAAUAUUAUUGUUGAUUAUCUUUUGAAACAAUUUAUAAGCCAGAAUGGUGACGAACAAAAAUUAUCAUUGCAAACAUUACAACAAAACCGUGCUUUGAUGCAAAGAUUAAGGGAUGCGGCUGAGAAUGUAAAGAUUCAGUUAUCACAUGUCAAGACUGCAACAGUGGAUAUUCCUUUCCUGUGUAACAACUUACAUUUACAUUUAGAAAUGAAAGAGGAGGAAUUAGACAAUAUGACUUUACAUUUAAUCAACAAGACAAUUCCACCAGUAAAAAAAGCGUUAAGAGAUGCAGAUAUCGAGACUGAAGAUAUUGAUGAGGUCAUUAUGGUGGGUGGGAUGACUCGUAUGCCAAAGAUUAGAAAAACUGUGGAAGAUCUAUUUAAUAAGAAACCAAAUACUUCGGUAAAUCCAGAUGAGACCGUGGCUAUUGGUGCCGCUAUACAAGGUGGUAUCAUAUCUGGUGAAAUCAAGGAUGUAUUAUUAUUAGAUGUCACACCAUUGACAUUGGGGAUAGAAACUAUUGGGGGUGCAUUUUCACCAUUGAUCCCAAGGAACACUACUGUGCCAGUGAAAAAGACUGAAAUAUUCAGUACUGGUGUAGAUAAUCAAACUGGUGUAGAAAUUAAAGUGUAUCAGGGUGAAAGAGGUUUGGUACGUAACAAUAAAUUGAUUGGCAAUUUCCAACUGGCUGGGAUUCCACCUAUGCCAAAAGGUAUGCCACAGAUAGCUGUGACAUUUGACAUCGAUGCAGACGGCAUCAUAAACGUAUCUGCAGCAGAGAAGAGUAGUGGUCAAGCAAAAUCUAUCACAGUGGUAGCCAACCAAAGUCUCACCGAAAAAGAAAUCAAUAAAUUGGUGGAAGAGGCAAAUGAAAACCGUGAUUCAGACAACACAAUAAGAAAGAGACUCGAAUUAAUCACAAAGGCCGACAUAAUGGUCAGCGACUCAGAGGCAGCAUUUGAGAAAUACAAAGAUACUAUAUCUGGCGAUAGUCAAUACGGAGAAGUGCUUAACGAAUUACAAGCUCUAAGGGUGAUGAUUGAUACAUUUAAGAAGGAAGCGAACGACACCAAACUGGACGUGAACGUAAUCAAACGGUCUACAGACACCCUCCAGAAUAAAGCGUUCAAAUUGUUCCAAAGAGUAACAGCAUCCCAAAAAGAAGCACAAAAUAAUUAA